UACAAUAAAACUUCUCCUAAUGGUAGGUCUCGUGCUUGUCUACAACCCCAAAACGCUGUCGUAAUAAGCGAAGAAGCCAAAAACCUCUCUUUCUGCAAAGUCUCAGCUUUAACGUUCAACAAGCAAGCUAGAAGAGUGAAUGCGCCGGUGAAUUCCUGAAGAGAGAGAAAAUUAGAUGGCGAUUUCAGGGGAUCUGAGAGUUUUCGCAACACUAGCACCUCAUCGAACUCAUCAUCUUCCUUUUCGUUCCUCCUCGCAUUCUUCUUCUAAGGUAGACAUUUCUAGCUUCCCAAGUGGUGGGCUUAGUAUUUUUGACUAUGCACCGAAAAAGUUGAGCAGUGUGUCUAAUGACUUCAAUUUUCGCUGCCAGUCCAAUCUGACUUUUGGGGUCACUGGAGAUGAUAAAUCAUCUGUAAACUCCUUCAGUGAAGAUGCCGAGACUUUUUUACUAAAUGCUAUUAAUAUGAGCUUCUUCGAUCGUUUAAACUUAGCUUGGAAGAUUAUUUUCCCCCCACCAAAAACUAGGAGAAGCUCCAAUGCAAUGAUUGCUAAGCAGAGGUUAAAGAUGAUCUUGUUUGCUGAUCGAUGUGCUGUUAGUGAUGAGGCUAAACGGAAGAUAGUGAAGAGCAUUGUCAGUGCAUUGUCAGAUUAUGUGGAGAUUGAUUCUCAGGAGAAGGUGCAGCUCGAUGUUUCAACUGAUUCUGAUCUUGGGACUGUGUGUUCUGUGACUGUGCCUGUGAGGCGAGUGAAGCCUGAGUAUCAGGAGGACGAUGAGUCUGGAUCAAUAAUGAAUAUUGAUUACAAAGAUAACGGUGACACGUCAGGUUCUGUUGAUGUCAGAUUUGAUUUCUACCUCCCAAAUGAAAACCCAAUGACAUGAGCUCACAGAAGUUAGCUCUGUAACUAGUUGCUUCAUGUAUCAGGGAUGGCAACUUUUGACCCCAACUUAGAUCUCCAGAAUUCGUGGCUUCUGCAUUAGGGGUCCUUACAGAUGGUUUGUCAUUUUGAUAACUUGCUUUUCUGUAAAUAUAAGAUGUAUUCUCCGAAUUGGUUGAAAGAUAUCUUUUUUCUCUUUACUUCUAUUAACCUUUUUGGGCUAUCAUUUUGGAAUGACUGUUUUUAGUGGAUACUGAGUUUUGUAAUUUGUAUUGCCCUCUUGAUAAGCUGGUAAUUGCUUACUUGGUUUAGCAAUGUUGUUGAUGGCGUGCAUAAA